AUGAAUGCGGAUGCCACGUCAACGGUCAACCUCACCUCACCUUCUGUGCUGUUCCUUCUGGAGCAAUCGCCUUACAACACGCAUAAACGCUCUCUUUUCCUCCUCCUCCACUCUGCUCCCUAUACUCCACCUGCCCCCCUCACCCCUGCUCACCCCUCUCUCCACUCCACCUCGCACUGCACACUCCCCUCUCGCGCCUGUCUUCACUCUUCUGCCCCCCACUGCCCCCCUCUGCCCCCCUUUGCCCCCCUCUGCCCCCCUCUGCCCCCCUUUUGUCCCCCUCUGCCCCCCUCUGCCCCCCUCUGCCCCCCUCUGCCUCCCUCUGCCCCCCUCUGCCCCCCUUUUGUCCCCCUCUGCCCCCCUCUGCCCCCCUCUGCCCCCCUCUGCCCCCCUCUGCCUCCCUCUGCCCCCCUCUGCCCCCCUCUGGGCCCCUCUGUCCACCUUUUUCCCAUCAUUGCACACCCCUUCUGUCGUCCUGUGUCCCCGUCGCUCCCUUCUCUUUUCCUCCCCCAGGUGCCUCAGAUCUCUGAUUCAGACUACUUCGCCCGCAACCCCGAGUUCUCCACGUGGCUGCUACAAGCCAGGCGCAUCUUCUUCUCCUCGCUCUCCUCAGAGCAGACCCACGAGCUCUUCUCCCUCUUUGUCCGCACCUGGAACGCCGGCAAGCUCCCACCCAACUACUAUGACGGCUCAAUCACUGCUGCUGCUGCUCCCCGCUCCAACCACGACUGGGGGCUUGGGGGACGGGCAGGGGGAGAAGGGGGAGCGGGGGGAGCGGGUGCAGGGGGAGUGGGGGGAGCUGGGGGGUCGGGGGGGGCGGGGGGAGUGGGGGUGUGUGGAAUGGUUCCCUGGGGCGCUGGGGGAGCUAGUCUGGGGAGAGGAGGGCGAGGAGGGUUGGAAGGGGAGGAGGAGGAGGAGAGUAGGGCGGAGAGGAAAGCGAGGGAGAGGAUGGAGAGGAAGCGGGAGAGGGAGCGGCAGGCGAUGCGUUUGGAGGAGGUGGUUCCGCGGGAGACAGGGCGAGAGGCGGUGGUUGCAGAGCGCAUGGCGCGGCGCAGAGAGAGUGCGAGGGAGAGGGAGCAGAGCCCUGACAUGGGGAUGCGAGAGAAGGACGUGAUGGGGGAGGGAGAUUACUUUCAGGCCCGGCUGGCCCGGGAGAAGGCGCGCAGGGAGCAGCGGGCAGCAGCCAAGGAAGGCGGGUUGCGGGAGCGAGUGGCGAGCUAUGAGGCGAGCGAGCGGGGCAAGAUGGAGCAGCUGAAGGCGAUGAUUGCCAUGGCUGGCGGGCGCAUCACCAUUGCCAAGCGGGCUGACCCUGCUGCUCCUCCUUAG